CGUCAUCCUUCUUCUUCUUCUAUUCUGAAUCUGAAAAGCAGUUCCUUUCCUAAAUCAAACACAGUGAUGAAGAUGGAAACUAGGCUGGUCUAUAUAAAAUACGUAUGUUCAAUCCCUACAGAAUUCUGGGUUUGCUCUCUUCUGCAAAGAAUUUUAUUUUAUUUUUUAAUUUAUCCGCAGCGAUUUUUCCUCUAAAGUUCAUAGUUUUUCCAUGGACAACCAAUUAGCAUCACCAGCAAAGGCAUCGGCUGAUAGAAGUGAACGGCAGCGUCCACCAAUUCCAAAGGCAGCACCUUGGCUUGUUUUUCCGCAUGGAAAAGGUAGGGAAUUUCAGAAUUUCUAUAAUCCAUGUGAACCCAGUAAUAGAAAUUGCAUAAAGUCUAUUCCUGAGAUGCAAGGGAAAGCAUGUUAUCAUAAACCUUCUCAUCAAGGAUGGCUAACUGUUAUUGGUAACACUGAAGAUAACUUAAAUUUAUAUGAUUGUUCAUUGUGGAAUCCUGUAUCAUCCGAAACCAUUCAAUUACCUAACCUCGACAGUCAAUCUUUUAAUACCGAAUCAAAACAAUAUUCUCUGUAUGACUUAGUAUUAUCCUCACCACCUCUUCAAAGUAAUAUUUCUGAUCCAGACGACCUAGGCUGCAUCGUAUGCCUCCUUUUUAAGCUUGUGGACCAAUUUAAAAUGCAAAAUCGCAAGGAUCUGCACGUACUAGCUUUUUGUCGACCUGGAGACAAACAAUGGAGAACAAAGGUGUUGUCUCUAACUGCUCCUGGCGACGAUCGAAAUAUACUAAGUAUUGAGUCCCUAGUUUGCUUUAGAAGUAAGCUAUACGCAUUUUGUAAUGCAUCCCUUGAAGACGGUUGGGUCAUACAGAUCGAAAUACAAAAACUAGGGCACCAGGUUGGCGAUAAUGAACAAAGCCGACACAUAAAAAUUAUCAGGUUAGAGCAUGCCGAUUUUACAUGGAUAGGAGGAGGUGAGGAAAACAGUUGUUACCUGGAACAGUGGGUUGAAUCUGGUAAUGAAAUCUUCAAAGUUCAUUUUAAUUGCAGUCCAAGAGGAUAUAGAAAAGUUGCCUCAACACAUAUCUUCAAGUUGGAUUUCUCAUCAAUGACUUGGGUUUUGUUGAAGUCUCUGGAUGAUCAUGUUCUAUUUUUGUGCUCAAACAUGGACAUGGAAGACUCUAGAAAGUGUUAUUCAACUUCCACAGCGUGUUGCUGCGCAGCUGACAUGGGUCUUGAAAGGGGUUGCUUGUUUUAUACAUUACUCGAAGAUCAGAGCUUGUACACAUUUGAACUUGAAGACAAUGCUACUACAGUUAUCAUGCCAUGUUUGCAGCUUCCAAAUCCGUGGUUUCCGCCCACUUGGAUAAUGAUGCCCACAACAGAAAACAGGCACAUGGACGGGAAAAGGAAAAAAAUAACAGAUUUUCUAGUAAGCCAAGAUACAACUGAAACCAGUAUAGGAGAGGAGAACAUGAGCAGGUUAAAUAAUAGCGUAGACGAAUUAGAAGCCUUAAAACGGUGGGAUUUUCUUACUCAAUUUGACAUUACAGUGGAGAUAGCGAGAUUUCUCCAUCCAGUGGAUUACAUCCAUUUUCGUUUAACCUGUAAAGAAAAUUCUGCAAUUCUCCCUGCAUUGAACCGAGUAUGGGUUUCUAAGAGGGCCACAACAACUACAUAUAUAUCUCCAUGGCUGAUUUCAAUCUUUGAAGAUAAUGGAGACAAUGUCUGCAAUAUGAUAGACCCGAUGCAUGGAAAUGAAAAGUACCUUAUGAUAUUAUCUGAUCAUUUACUCGUGGGUGCUACAAUCCGCUUUUCAAAAGAUGGAUGGCUUCUCUUGUCCAACGGGAAAAAAACUGUAUUCUGCUACAAUCCCUUCACAAGGGAAAUGAUCCGUCUUCCGGAUUUACCUGAUAACUAUGUACUUGGUGGUAUGUCAUUCUCGUCGAUACCAACCUCUCGCAAUUGCUCGGUAAUUGCAAUCUCCAAUUGGUUUGAAAUAUCAGGUUAUAAUGAGAUAAAUUUCUUGGUCACAAGACCGGGAAAGAGUGCAACUUAUUGGGAUGUUUAUGACUUUGAUUAUGAAGACUACACCGAGGACAACUUUAUGCCGUGUAUUAACAACCCGAUUUUCUACAAUGGAGCUUUCUACUGCUUGGAUUAUAAUGGAAUGUUAGGAGUUUUUAGCAUGAAAAGUUUCCCCAGUUGGACGGUACUUUCGAAGUCUUUGAAACAAUUUGGUGGUUUUUAUCCAAGUUAUUUGGUGGAGUGUGAUGAAAAGCUGUUACUAGUGACUUUAGGACAGAGUGGAACAUCCGUAGAUGUUUAUAGAUUGGAUGAUUUGGAGAUGGUCUGGGUAAAACUGAACAGUUUGGGAAAGCAUGCGUUGUUCAUCAGCAAUACAUCCAGUUUUUCAGCAGUCGCCCCACGUAGUUGCAUGGAGAACAAAAUCUACUUCCCUAGAUUAUACGGCGAAAGGAUUUUAUACUAUUCUCUUGAUACAUGUAGGUAUCAUUGUGUUGGAAGUGAUCAACAUUCUUUGCAGGAUUUUCAUAAUACGAAGGAAAGAUUUAGUUGCACUUGGAUUGAGCCUAGAUUGUCUUAGGCAAGUCCUAAACAAGAGCCUGAUGAUAGCACACCAUCAAGUAAGAUCAAGCUGCAGUUAGAUUGAGCCUGUCUCUGUUAUCCCACGACACUGACAUUCAUGUAUCUGUUUCUUUUGUGCAGGGAUGUUCUCAUAUUUAUAUGGAUACAAUUUGAGUUUGUUCUUGAAGUAAUGGCAAAUGCAAGAUGAAACUUAGCUU